AUGGCCCCGGGCAGGACUGUGGCCGGACUUUUACUGCUGGCGGCCGCCGGCUUCGGAGAAGUAGUGUCCGAAACUGGGCUCGCCUUUAGCGAGGAUGUGCUGAGCGUGUUCGGCGCGAAUCGGAGCCUGUCAGCGGCGCAGCUGGGGCGCCUGCUGGAGCUUUUGGGAGCCGCCCCCGUGGAAGGAGCUCCAGAGCCUGGGCAGCUGCACUUCAACCAGUGUUUAUCUGCUGAAGACAUCUUUUUCCUUCAUGGCUUUUCAAAUGCUACCCAGAUAACCAGCUCUAACUUCUCUACCAUCUGUCCAGCAGUCUUACAGCAGUUGAGUUUUCACCCUUGUGAGGCUAGAACCAAGGCUCAAACAAAGCCAAAUAUUUCAGAAGUUUGGGGAUAUGGAUUCCUGUCAGUGACAAUUAUCAAUCUGGCAUCUCUUCUUGGACUGAUUUUGACUCCAAUGAUAAAGAAACCAUAUUUCCCGAAGAUUUUGACUUAUUUUGUAGGGUUAGCUAUUGGGACUCUGUUUUCAAAUGCCAUCUUUCAGCUUAUCCCAGAGGCAUUUGGAUUCAAUCCCAAAGUUGACAACUAUGUUGAGAAAGCAGUUGCUGUGUUUGGUGGAUUUUAUAUACUUUUCUUUGUCGAAAGAAUGCUUAAGAUGCUACUGAAGACAUACGGUCAUAAUGAUCAUGUCCACUUUUCCAAUGAUGACUUUGGUCCUUCUCAAGAAAAGACUCACCAACCCAAAACGUUACCUGCCAUGAAUGGUGUGACAUGCUAUGCGAAUCCUGCUGUCACAGAACCGAAUGGACACAUCCAUUUUGACAAUGUCAAUGUAGUAUCUCUACAGGAUGAAAAAAGAGAGCCAAGCUCAUGUACCUGCUUAAAGGGGCCCAAAUUGUCAGAAAUCAAAACAAUUGCCUGGAUGAUCACAUUCAGUGAUGCCCUCCACAAUUUCAUUGAUGGCCUGGCGAUUGGAGCUUCCUUCACCUUGUCUCUCCUUCAGGGAUUCAGCACUUCAAUAGCAAUCCUAUGUGAGGAGUUUCCUCAUGAGCUAGGGGACUUUGUGAUUCUCCUCAAUGCAGGAAUGAGCACUCGGCAAGCUUUGCUGUUCAAUUUUCUCUCUGCGUGCUCCUGCUAUGUUGGACUAACUUUUGGCAUAUUGGUGGGAAAUAAUUUUGCUCCAAAUAUUAUCUUUGCACUAGCUGGAGGCAUGUUCCUCUAUAUUUCUCUGGCAGAUAUGUUUCCUGAGAUGAAUGAUAUGCUGAGAGAAAAGGUAACUGGAAGAAAAACGGAUUUCACCUUUUUCAUGAUUCAGAAUGCUGGAAUGUUAACUGGAUUCAUCGCCAUUCUGCUCAUUACCUUGUUUGCUGGUGACAUUGAAUUGGAAUAA